GAACUUACACUGGACACAAACACAGUGAACAGAAGACUCAAACUGUCUGACAACAACAGGAAGGUGACAUUAGUGAGGGAGUAUCAGCCAUAUCCUGAUCAUCCAGAGAGGUUUGACUAUCUUCAGCUGCUGUGUAGAGAUGGUCUGACUGGUCGCUGUUACUGGGAGGUUGAGAGGAGAGGAGUGGUUCAUAUAUCAGUGAGUUACAGAGGAAUCAGCAGGAAAGGAGACAGUAGAGACUGUUUGUUUGGACGUAAUGAUCAGUCCUGGAGUCUGAUCUGUUCUGAUGGUCGUUACUCUGUCUGUCACAAUAACAGAGAAACAUCCAUCUCCUCCUCCUCUGACUAUGGUAGAGUAGCAGUGUAUGUGGACCGUUCUGCUGGCUCUCUGUCCUUCUACACAGUCUCCUCUGACUCACGGAUCCACCUCUACACCUUCAACACCACAUUCACUCAACCUCUCUAUCCUGGGUUCAGGAUCUGGUCUCCUGGUUCCUCAGUGUCUCUGUGUCCUCUGUAGGAUGGAGAGUCUCCUCCUGUUACUCACUGCUGAUCAGUUGAGUCUGUACAGGAUCACACUUACAGAAAUAUUUCAGCUUAUUGUUAUGAACUAAUGAAUGAACUUUGUAUAAAAUAGUUCAGAAUGAUCGAAUAGAUUCCUGGUGAACAUUGUAAACUUCUUCGACUUGAAUGAAUGAAUGAAAAAAAAUAACUCUAUAAGUAGUAGAG